AUGAACCGGAAGACUGUUCAUUUCGGCUUGCCGUUGCCCUACUCAACCGCCCUGCUGCGGAUAUUGAUAUUUUAUUCCGGUCCACGUGGGUCACCGACGUUUUUCUUGAGGAGUUCGGAGGUGUUGAUAACCACACUAGCCACUUCACCACCACUUUCCCGACGAGAAGUAUUGGAAGCAACUUCAGUAUUGGAAGCAACUUCGAGAAUGUCGUCUGAAGACGGUUCUGAGGCUGCCACUUCAACCACGACCGGGGAGCAGCACAUCACCGCAACGACCCGUGCAGCUGGCAGGCUGUUGUUAAGGGUUGAAAAAAUUAAGGUUUACAUCAGGGUUUUGGUUCGUUGUUUCAUAGAUUUCGCAGCCCCCGCCUUUGUCCCUCUUCGCACCGCCCGGCAGUUGUCCAGGUGGUGCCUUGGUUCGUAUUUCGUCUGGCUGGCAAAACCAAAGCCGCCGGGCCUUCAGAGCUGAAGGCCCUUCUGCCUUGAUGCCGAUCCAGAUUUUGUGCGAGGUGUCGCCACAAUUCUGACGAGCGCACGCUGGCUGAUUUGGGGGUCAGCAUUUCCCUCGAGAUCUAGGCUGGCAUCUACGCCAGGCAAGCCGCCUCGCCUCGCGCGUUACUUGGUACGCGGAGCAGGCUGCCCGGCUUUUCUGCCUCUGGAUCUCGUUCCGCAAUCUUGCGGGACAACGUUCGGAGGCAGAGGUAGAUCACCACCCUGGCCAGCCAAAGAGAUGCGUGCCCCUGUGAUGGCUGCCGCCAAAGCGGCAGGGUUUUGGUCAGGGUUUUGCUCCGAAAAGGCUCACCGCAAUCGAAGCAAAAGCUUAUUUUUUUCGGGAGCUUCCCCCGAGCUAAUAAAAUCAGUUUUUGCUUUCGCUUUGCUCUCCUUUUUGUCGCCGAAAGUGUGGAGUUGUUCUGGGCGGGUUUGUUCGCCCAUAUCGUGCCCAGGCAACCUGCCUGGCCUUGCAAGUUACUUGGGGCGAGUGACAGGGCGCCCGGUUGCUCUGCCUCCGGAUCUCGCUCCGCAAUCUUGCGGGACAACGUUCGGAGGGAGAGGUAGAUCACCAUCCUGGCCAGCCACAGAGAUGCUUGGCUCUGAGGUGUCCGCCGUCGACCUCAUCUUCAAACCAAAACAGCACAACACCUCAUCUUCAAACCAUCCGGGGAGCAGCACGUCACCGCGACGACCCGUGCAGCUGGCAGGCUGUUGCAAAAGGAACCCGGACCACGGCACGCGGACGGAAUGGUUCUCGUACAUAGAAGUAGAACUACAUCAGAUGACUACGACAUCAAUGCGGAUGGUGCUGAUGAGCCACGAAGCGGAACAAACACCAGGGGUAGUAUUAGUAACAUCAACAGAGGGAGAAUACGUGCGACCAGAGAAGCAAGAAGUGGAAGUGCUGCGGCUGACUCGGUGGUCUUUUUGGACGAAUCUACUACUCCGCAAAAACUGCGAGGGCAGCAGCAGAGGGUGCAGGUGGUCAUGGAUGAUCACGAUCAGAUCAAAUAUGUACUCAAUUAUCCUGAGCAGGAGGUAUGAAUUGCAAAUAUGUCUGGGUCUGGAAGAGCCAUGCUGUUUUUGCAUGACGCAGAAGGUCUGGCAUGCAAGCUCUAGCAUCACAGGUUUCGAGAAGCUUCCGCAAUGCCGAAUCCGCAUGACAAGUCCCCCGCUUUGGGGACAGAAAGUGGGCAGCUUUUGCCACCUAUGCAUGAGAGAUUUUUCUGUGUUCGGAAAUGCGCAUCACAAGUUUGUAUUCUUCCAGACCCAGACAUAUUUGCAAUGCAUAGGAGGCGGAAAAAAACGAUCCUCAUCGCGGGCCCCCUACAACGACGACACGGACAACGGAAACCACAAGGAGAACCCCCUCGCCCGAGAUGAAAAUAACGCAUGCCCGGCGCGGCACUAGCAGCACUACCACCACCAGAUCUCGAGCAGCCGCAGCCCAACUCGGCUUGCCCGCACCAUCUCCGACUCCCGUUGUCUUGUUCGAACCCCCGCCGCCGCCAGCGCCCGGCCCCGCUCCCGCCGUGGCUCCCGGCAAAGCCGCGGGCUACGACUACAAGGGGAACGCCUUUUGCAUGUGUGGUGGCGAUUGGCUGAACUGCAGGGGUCCCCCCCGACACCCUUACUUUUCGCAGCACGCCGACGCUAAAGUACCCUCCGCAACUACGGUGCAGGCCUGCGGUGAUGCGUGUGACGCGAAAGUGGAUAACUGUGCCGCCUUUUCCUUCGCGCAGUCUCCCUUCAACACCCACUGGCAGGACACGCCAUGCAUUCUCUUUCUCACCGACGGAGCAAUGAUAGCGCGCGUGGACGACUCAAGCGUGUACAUAUCCAUUGAAAAUAUCUCUGGGUCUGGAAGACUCAUCUUCCAGAACUCUUAGAGUUCGGCUUUGUCAUUCUAGGUCCUCUGGCUGAAGAGCAAGUAGAGAGACACAAAAGCGUGAGCUUUUGCAUGAGCAGCAAAAGCCGCCCACUUCUGGACUACGGCACUAUUUUUCAUUUUCGUACAGGAUAGGCAUAGGCAUUGCGGGCCCCUCUCAAUAAAACUUGUGAUGCCACAGCUCGCACCAGUUCAGGCCUUGGCUCGAGGUGAUGAUGCGAAGCCUGCAAGCAUGUUGGCAGAUCUUGACGUGACCUUCCGGACGCAGAGGUAUUAUUUGCGCUGGAUACUAGUCCAGUGCGAACGCUGUGCACUGCUUCCGGAGGAGAGAUAAGUGCUACAAAAUGAACGUUGACAUCACCGUCGAUAGCAACACUGCUAGUCGGUACGCCAAAGCUUCUGGAUACCAAGGGCAGACUCUGCCCUAUUACGUCGCCACGACUCACACCACGCUGUCGUAUCCUGCCAACUACGGUGGUUGCCACCGCCUGUGCAUUGAGCAACCCGAAGUGACACACAACAAGCUUCUCGUCUCGGACAUCAGCGAUAACGCGAUUCGCAGCCGAGACAUGGACUUUAUGCUACGACAGAAAUGCACAUGAAGAACUCGGCUGUCUCCCGUUCCCCCUCUUGAUUUGUUGUGCAAAAUGUUGAUCCGUAGGCCCUUGUUACCCUUUGUCACAAGCGAAACUGGAGGUGGAGUUGUUUGCAUAACUUAACAGCAGGCUGAGGCUCCUUCAGAUGACACAAGGCGAGACGAGUGAUCCUUCGGAAAUUUGUCAUGCAAGGGGAGCGGCAAGAAUGAACGCGCUUUCGCUUUGUUUGUUUCUGCGAAAACUGCCCUCCAGGUCCAGACGAGGUGCGGGAGUUGAGCGAGCGUCUGAGCACUCUCAUACAUCAAGGCCACCUUCGAUGAAGCGACGAAAAACUGCAAGUGCCAUAAUUAGAGUGUUUUACAACACAGAUGACAGAUGAAACAGAUGACACAGAUGAUACAGAUGACCAACUUUGCGAAUUUUGUUGAGGGGCUUUUUUUGGUCAUCUGUGUUCACAGAUGACGAGCAUUCGAACAGCGAAAACCGGAGCCCCAAAAUCCAAAACAGCCCUUUGUCGCCGAAAACAAAACAAAAAAGAGAGCCGGCUCUCCAUUGUCGCCGAGAAAGUGCGAGCAGAUAGAGCAGCAGCACCUCCACAGGCCCCACCCGGUGGGCCGAUGCGCCAGCAUUCCCAAUGGCAAAGGCACGAGCACGACGAUGCUGCGCAGAUACGCCGAUAGCUAGGCGGUGCUGUGCACUACACCUUCCCGCCUCGAAGAGAUUCAGGCAAGGAAUAGGGUAGAUAGACCGACGACGUUCCGCUUCCUUCCAAAUCUCUGGCUCCGCCCAAAAAAUGGAGAUUGAAGUGCGGGCUGUCAUCUGUCAUCUGUGCCUUUUCUUUUGCUUCCCGUCGAAACUUCGUCAUCUGUGUCAUCUGUUCAUCUGUACCUUCGUCAUCUGUGCCAGCCCCCCCUUAUACAACAGCCUACCAUAUGUACACAGCCAGAUACGACCACGCCAGCCUGGCUGGCGGCGCACUCACGGUGGCUGCCAACGCUAUUCCCUGAAAAUUAAACAUCUUCAUGAUCCAGUUUGUCACGCAAAACACGCAGCAAACAAAGACAAAGUCGAGUUUAUGGGUCAUGCAGAAAGUGGAUCAUGGUGAUGGCGGUUAAUUUGCAGGGAAUAAACGCGAUCGAGGAGUAUCAAACGACCUGCCGGGAGCACUUCGCGAAAACCUGUCUCGGUAGCGGCGUCAUGUUAUCAACAGCGAAUAUCUCUGGGUCUUCAUACUGGAACAAAAAACUACACUUGCCAUGCAACAUUUUUUUGACAUGCAAGAAUGUCUGGAGUGCACGACGCAGAGCAUGACAAGAUCCGCUGAGUCUUCUCGAUGCUAGCCUUCAUGAGAAGCGCCCUCUUCGGCAAACAAGAAGCGCGCUCUUACUUAAUUCCUUUUGCUGACUUCUAUGCAACUUCGAUUUUAUAUUUUGUGACUGUCUUUGUCUACUCCAGUUUCAGCAACACUAAUCGGGAUGUUUCCAGAUCCAAACUCAGGCGUGCUUGUUGCCCUGCAUAUAUAUACGCCACAUAUGUUGCGACCCCGAGGAACUGCCGCGUAUUGUGAGGAAAUAUACCUGUUCCUCCCCAUAUCCAAUUUUGAAGCGGUAUGCUUCCAGAAAUUUGCGAUGCUGAUUUGCGGCCACAAGUCGCGUUUGUCCUGCAAGAAGGCAAAUCCAUAUGGCCCGUCGCACUACUUAUAUUCGUCGGGCGAUUUGUGA